AAGCUUCCUUCCAUGUAGAAUUUCCCAGGAGUGAAAAACUAUUAAGAAAAACUAUAAUUUGUCUUUCCUGUAGACAAGACAAUGCUGAACAUGGAUCCUUCAGCUGCCUAUGAUUUGCUGGUGGACGAUGUCCAGGACUGGGAUCUUACAGGUGACCGUGUUCCUUGUGAGCUGCUGCUCACUGGCGAGACUGCCUUCCCAGUGCUGGUGAACCCCCGGGGGCAGGUCCUGAUCGCUGCCUCACAGUAUGGGAAAGGCCGGAUGGUGGUCAUCUCUCAUGAGAGCUACCUGGGGAGUCCCAAGAUGGCUCGGUUCCUACACAAUGCUGUGGGCUGGCUCAGUGCCUCCCCAGGAGCAGUGGUUGGUGUCCAGAAGAGCUUGAGCUCCCUGCUGAGCAUUCUCAGUAGUUCCGGCACCCAAGUGCAGCCAAGUACGGAGCUCAUUGCCUCGUUUGGGGUUUACUGUAUGGAUGCCUAUGAUGCUACACAGGGGAGGGAGCUGAUCCAGUUUGUGAAGAGAGGAGGGGGUCUGCUCAUUGGAGGUCAGGCUUGGCACUGGGCCUCUGGACACAACACAGAGAGAGUGCUGUUCGAUUUCCCUGGGAACCAUGUAACCAGCGUGGCUGGCGUUUAUUUCAUGGAUAUAUAUGGCGAGACUGGGAUCUUCAGUGUCUCAGACAAAGUGCCUGCAAUUCCCUUGAUCACUUCGCUAGAUUUCAGCAAAGACUUAAACCUUCUCCUAAGAGGUGUGUCAGAGCUAGACAUAGUGACAGAUGGUGUGCCUUCUCACCUGCUGGUCCAUGGCACACUGGCCUUCCCCCUUGGCUUGGACAGCGCCUAUCAAUGCUUUCUUGCAGCAGCUCACUAUGGCCGGGGCCGUGUAGUGGUGGCUGCACAUGAGGUCCAUCUUAGCACCCCGAAACUCACAGACUUCAUCCUCAAUGCCAUUCACUGGCUGGGUGCUGAGAAGAGAGGAAGAACUGGCAUCAAUCCCAAUCUGAAGAACCUUCAUGACCUACUGAUUCAAAGGCAGGUGGUGUGCGAGAUCUCAGAGCUUACCGACAAUCUCAGCAUCUACUGCUGCCAGUCCUACAGUGACAAUGAGGCCAAGAAAAUCCAUGAGUUUGUGGCAGAAGGAGGAGGCCUGCUGAUUGGAGGUCAGGCUUGGUGGUGGGCUUCUCAGAAUAAGGGCCAAAACGUUCUGGCUGAAUAUCCUGGCAACAAAAUCCUCAAUGGGUUCGGGAUCAGCAUUCUGGGGGAAACCAGUGAGACAGGCAAAUACCCAGCAUUAAGACCCGAAGAGCAGCGGGGACAUUAUCACUUCCGCAGGGCACUCGCUCAGUUCCAGCAGCAUUUAGACAAGAAGGAGGAACUCCAGCCCCCAGUGACAGGCUGGCUUCAAAAACUGAGUUGGGAUUGUGCCAAAGUCCUUCAGAUCCCAGUCAAAAAUGGCCACGUCUACGCCUCAUUGUACCACAUCCUAUAUGAGAUGCUGCAGAGCAAUGGGAUCCCACCGGUGAGCAAGGAACACCCAGUCAAGGGGAACUCCAAGGAGGUCGUGCUGCUUCACGUGGCUACAGCAUUAUGCCAAACCAUGUCCGACUGUGAGAGGCUAGCACUCUGUGAACUCCCCACAGUCCCUAGCACCACUGUGGAAAUCAACUGCACAAACUCAGGUGAUGCAGCAUGGAGGAGCACAGGACUUUACCUUCCACGUGGGAACACAGUGACCUUUAUAUUUCCUAGCACUGUUACUGGAGUUGGCCUGCAGGUGCAGAUUGGGUGUCAAUCAGAUGACCUCAGCAGAGCAGAGGAGCUGAAACGCCCCCCUGUGGUGAUACGCAGAUGUGACAUCAAAGAUCAGAAGAUGUCAGUCUCCUCUCUCUGGGGGGGCCUCAUUUACAUCAUAGUGCCAAAGGGAAGCCAGCUGGGGAGAGUGUCGAUUACUGUAAAAGGAGCUGUGCAGGCUCCUUUCUUCAGGUUUGGGAAGACAUCUAAGAGCCAGUGGCUGACCUGCGUCCGUCACUAUCCAGCUCCAUGGGCAGAACUAGCUACCCAGAAUAUCAUCUUAACGGUGCCUGCUGACAGCAUCCGUCCCAUAGACGAUCCAGAGCCUUUGCUGACCCUCUGGGAGCGGAUUAUGGCAGCUGUAGCUGAGCUGGCAGCCACACCAGCCACGUUUCCUCGGCCAGAAAGGAUUGUAGCAGACGUUCAGAUCUCAGCUGGCUGGAUGCACUCUGGCUACCCAAUCAUGUGUAAUUUGGAUUCAGUAAAGGAGUUGGUGAACAUGGAAUACAUGCAAGCGAAUGGCCUUUGGGGGCCCAUCCAUGAGCUGGGACACAACCAGCAGCGGGCAGGCUGGGAAUUCCCCCCUCACACUACUGAGGCCACCUGCAACCUCUGGUCUGUCUAUGUGCAUGAGAAGGUGCUGGGAAUCUCCAGGGACAAAGCUAACGAAGAGCUACAGCUGCAGCAUCGCAAGAAGAGAAUCAGCGAUUACCUUGGCAAAGGAGCCCAGCUAAAGGACUUGGAUGUUUGGACCGCACUGGAGGCCUACCUGCAGCUGCAGGAAGCCUUUGGCUGGAAACCUUUUAUCCAACUCUUCUCUGAAUACCAGACAAUGUCUAAUAUCCCCACAGACAGCCCUUCCAAGAUGAACCUGUGGGCAGAGAAGUUCUCUCGGCAGGUGAAGAAGAAUCUGGCCCCUUUCUUUGUGGCUUGGGGCUGGCCCAUUAAGGGGGAAGUCGCUAAGAAGUUGGCAUCUCUGCCCAACUGGGAUAAGAACCCAAUGAAAAAAGUGUGAUGCUUUAUUCACAUGGAAUGGUGGCUGUAAUUUUUAGAGAGAACUCAGAAUCGCUUGUUUCAGAGCAGCAGCCAUGUUAGUCUGUAUCCGCAAAAAGAACAGGAGUACUUGUGGCACCUUAGAGACUAAUAAAUUUAUUUCAGCAUGAGCUUUUGUGAGCUACAGCUCACUUCUUUGGAUGCAUAGAAUGGAACACACAGACAGGGGAUAUUUAUGCAUACAGAGAACAUGAAAAGCUGGAAGUAUGCAAACCAACAGGAAGAGUCUAAUCAAUUGAGUUGAGCUAUCAUCAGCAGGAGAAAAAAAACUUUUGAAAUGAUAAUUAAGAUGACCCAUAGAAGGUGUGAGGAGAACUUAACAUAGGGAAAUAGAUUCAAUUAGUGUAAUGACCCAACCAUUCCCAGUCUCUGUUUAGGCCUGAGUUAAUUGUAUCUAAUUUGCAUAUUAAUUCGAGUUCAGCAGUCUCUCUUUGGAGUCUGUUUUUGAAGUUUUUUUGUUACAAAAUUGCCACCUUCAAGUCUGUCACUGAGUGGUUAGAGAGGUUGAAGUGACAGAUUAGAUCCUAUGAUGGUGCCACUUGAAUAGAUAUGUGGACAGAGCUGGCAUCACAUCAGCCACGCCAUCAGGGUCUCGUUCACCUGCACAUCUACCAAUGUGAUAUAUGCCAUCAUGUGCCAGUAAUGCCCCUCUGCCAUGUACAUUGGCCAAACUGAACAGUCUCUAUGCAAAAGAAUAAAUGGACACAAAUCUGACAUCAGGAAUCAUAACAUUCAAAAACCAGUGGGAGAAAACACUUCAACCUCUCUAACCACUCAGUGACAGACUUGAAGGUGGCAAUUUUGCAACAAAAAAACUUCAAAAACAGACUCCAAAGAGAGACUGCUGAACUUGAAUUAAUAUGCAAAUUAGAUACAAUUAACUCAGGCCUAAACAGAGACUGGGAAUGGUUGGGUCAUUACACUAAUUGAAUCUAUUUCCCUAUGUUAAGUUCUCCUCACACCUUCUAUGGGUCAUCUUAAUUAUCAUUUCAAAAGUUUUUUUUCUCAUGCUGAUGAUAGCUCAACUCAAUUGAUUAGACUCUUCCUGUUGGUAUGCAUACUUCCAGCUUUUCAUGUUCUCUGUAUGCAUAAAUAUCUCCUUUCUGUGUGUUCCAUGAUGUGCAUCUGAAGAAGCGAGCUGUAGCUCACGAAAGCUCAUGCUGAAAUAAAUUUGUUAGUCUCUAAGGUGCCACAAGUACUCGCAUUCUUUUUUCAUAAUCGCUUGUCUUUCCUUUAAGGCUAGAUUCAAAUCUGUUUGGUGUGAGUUCAUUAAUUAUCUAUUUCAUACUUGUUGGUAUUUCUGAAGUAAGUUGCCUUUUCCAUGUGAAGCAAAUGUCUUCUGUGAUCUGAAUUUUCUGUUCCUUUCCCUGGCCAGCUUCUGCUAACUUUGUUCUCAUGGAGUAGCAUCUUACUCUGAGAAAUAGGGCUACGUGUGGAUAAAUACCUUACCCUACAAGUAGUCCUAUUGCUCCAUGUGAGUCAGGGAAACAAACCAAAGAUAUCCACAGCACUGAUUACCUGCCAGGCUAGAUUAGUAAAUUACCUUCUACUAUUUUCAUAACACAUUUCAUAUUUUGGGGUGUGGCUCAGUCACUCCUAACUAUAAUCUGUAGCGAACUCUUGGAAAAUUUCAUCUGACCCUGAGUUACUGUGAUUUAUCAAUUUGUUUCAAUCUUACUUUUUUUUUGAUACCUCAGUAUCUGACAAUGCCUCAUCUUGAUUGCCUGUAUAGAGAAGGUAUCUGCCCAUGUGCCUUCUGAAGAAAAGUGAUGAAAAGAAGUUGCUGAGGUUUUCCCACACCCUUUCUUGUGAUAGAUACCAUGAUGAGAUGUCUAAAUGUCCCUUCUGAUGGAGCUUCUACCUCUUCCCUUUUGGAGACCGUUCAACAGUCUAACAAAUCCCACCCCAAGAAGAGAGGUUUCUUGAUAUCCCGUAUAAAUUCACCUCUGCACUUUUUGCUCAGUUGCACAUUCAUCAGAUUAACCUGGAGCAUCCAUAUUAUUCCAGUUCUGAGUCCACCUACAUUUCUCCCACUGCAGUUCGUUCCUGUCCAUCAGUGGCAGGGGCCUGAGUUCUCUCCCUUUGCUGUCCGUCUGUAUGUCCAUCAGCAGUACUUGCUACUUCAGUCCAGGGUUCCAACAAAAUGUUGCUAAUCCCUCAAAUUCUAACUUUCAGAAAUUCUUGAAAUUCCCUUUGAGGCUCUAAUACAAGUUGAACAAUACACCACAAUUCUGAUAUGCCACUUCCUUGCUGUUUCAAUUCCCUGAGCUCACCACAGCUCUGCUGCUGUCCCUCAGUCUUGGUCUGCUCUGCUCCCUCCCAUGUCAGUCCUAGGAUGCCUCUUACACAUCUACCAAAGCACCUCAACAUUACCAUGAGCACAGGACCGGCCCUACACUAAAUGGUGUCCCAGGAGAGGAGCAUCUUCAGUGCCACCCCCUCCAUUUGUUAAACUUUUGAAUACCUUAUUUUUAUUGCAUUUGUAGCCCAUUUCAUGACUUUGAUGCAUGAUUUCCACGCAUGGUUUAUCCCUGUCAUAUAAGAUGAUAAAUUUGCACUCUAGGAUCUGUAAAUCUGUAUUUAUCCGUGCCAUAUAUAAAUGUCCUUUAUUAGUUGCUACUUACACUCUUUGAGUCUUAAAACACAAGUAUACUUUCACAAUUACACAAUAAAAUAAAGUUCACAGUAUUGCAGCUGUGCUCUCACUUUGUUCUUAUAUCUCACUGCCUAACUGGUGACACUCCGCCCCUUCCAUACCCAGGAGGGCACGGCUGACAACAUUCUAGGACACUGGUGGACAACCGGUGGGCUUCAUGUGGCCCAUCAGAGUAAUCUGAUUGUGGGCCGUGAGACAUUUUUCUGAUGUUGACCUUCCACAGGUACCACCCCCGGCAGCUCCCCUGGUUAUUAUUCAAUUAAGAAUGGGACACCUCUGCCAACUCACUGUUAUGUGUGAACUGAGGAGCUGAGAAGUUUUACACACAACUUCCUUCCCUAGGACUAUAGGAUAUAAGGCAGCAGGUGCCAAAGGAAUCAGGAACACUGUUGGAAAGAGACAGUUGUAGUUGGUUUGCAUGUGUCUGAAAUUUGUCAGCAUUGCAAAGUGAGGGAAGAUCACGGGUAAAUCCAUAGUUUACAGCUAGAAAAUCCUAAACUAACUAUUUUGUUAAGGAAAUCUAAGGGGUUGCUUUGUGAUUCGCCUAUAGUGCACUUUCCUCCCAAGCAAUCCUUAAGGAGCACUGCUUGUUGAAAAUGGACACUCAUAGUAAUCCAAGAUACUUUGCUAGCUGCAACUGUUUAGUUUGUGUGUGAUUAGUAAAAUUCGGUUUAAGAAUUGACUGCCAUAUACCUUUUGCCUGGCAAGUGUUUGUUCACUAGUGGGUUGGUAUGUUCCUAUUUAACCCUUUUGCCGUGUGUUGGUGGCAAUUAAAAGAGCUGGGUUUAAUUACUAUGAGGUUCUCCUUAAAAAUUUACAUAUCAGCUUCACCCCCCACCCAGAAACUUAGGAAAAACUGAAUUCCCCACUAUGUGCUCUUGACAGGCACUGCUUUCUUCUUGCAAGCCCUGAGUUCAUUGCACAAAACAAACAAGAUUUAUUGGGGUGUAGUGCCAUGAUCACCACCCACCUCUAUUUCUGCUUCACCAGGCCCCUUUAACAAGUCAGUCAGUCUCUGGUCACCUUCUUACCCGCAAAAGUCCUUUAAUUCACACUUCACCAGACUGGCAACAGAGUUUGUCAAAAACAGAUUUCAGAAGUCCCAAAACAAACACAAAGUCUUUCGUCAGCUCCACACACUCUCCUGUUUUCUGUGAGUCCCUAACUUACUGCCAGGCCUCCUGCCUCUGGCAGUCCCCACUACUUCUCUCAGCCAUUCACCUGCUGCCUUUUGUAUUUGAAUUACCUGAUUACUCUCAGCUUGUAAAAUUAGGGCAACCUUAGCCCCAGGAUCUCCAGCCCUAGAGCAAGCCACCAGUGGGGGAAAGGGGACAGAAUAAACUUGGGAAAGCCAGUAAUAAUUAAUUAACAAUAUUUGUGUGCAUAUACAUAAAUAAAAUAAGACUCCUCCCUGUCUCCAGAGUGUCUUACAAUAGUCUUCAACAGAAUCCUCCUCUCAUGGUGUGAGUGUCAAGUAAGGCAAUGUAUUCCUGCAUAGACACUUCCCUCCUCCCACUUCUUCACUGCAGCCUUAUCUCUGCCCCGCCCACACACACACACUGUUUGUUGUUUGAGAUUGGUGAGGUCCAGAGUUUGUGUAGGUCCAUCUCUAGCCACAAAGGGAAGGAACAGCCUGGUCUGCUCUGGGGGCUUUACCACAUGACACAGAGGUAGUGGGGCUUUUGUCAGGGUUCUUUAUUUAUCGUGUUGCCCUUUGUGGCUCUAGCAACAGCCACCAUCACCCACCUCAAAGCCACCUCUUGUUUAUGAAAGGUUCCUCUGUGCCACAUCUUGGCAAAGUCUUCAGAGAGGAAAUUAGUGGCAUAUAGGACCCUAAGCUGAGUCAUUGUCACCAAGCAGACACUCAUAUCAGAAGACACAGUCAUUUAGCUUUGUCCAAGGUCCAUUCAAACAUGCCAAACUGUGGUUUUGGUCAGGGUGAUCACUUAUUCCAGGCACAUUUUGUACAGUUCACUAACCCUUUCAUUAUCCAACAGGGAUAAUAGCAUUUUAAUACUAUAGCACUUUAUUCUUCCCUCAACCUUGCAGCAUCUACAGCGAGGGCUAUGUCGGCUUAACGACAUUGAUCAGGGGUGUGACUUUUUCACAGUGACAUAGCUAGUUCAACCUGAAUCUUAAGUGUAGACCUGGCCUUGGAUAGCUCUAUGCCUGUUGCCCUGCUUAAAGCCAAAUAGCCAUCCUCAUCUUCACUCUCGGCAUCCUCUUGAACACCUUGUCUCAGGGAUGAGCAAAACCAACUUGGAACAGUUUCAUCUGUGUCCUCUGAUCUAAAGCUGUCCAGGGUCUCUAGCCAUUGUCCAGCUAUUAAGAAAUUUUAAGAAAACAAACAUUGGUAAACUCCUGCUUUAGAUAUAUAAAGCCCUGGUCAGUUCCUACCCCCAACACUACCAGCCUCCUCAGUACUUUAUACCCUAUUGACCUGCGACAUGGCUCUGCCUUUCAGAUUGUUUGACGGAGAUUCCCCAGCCUCAUAUGAGGCCUCCCUUCUAUGGGUUCAAGCAAUGGGCUGGCAGCACACUCAUCAGACAGCCUCAAGAUCACUCAGGUCUCCUGGUCAUGUUCUGGAAUCUCCAGCAGUGGCUGGGCCAGAAGGCUUCACGUCCUCCUCAGAAAUGUCACUGGCAUAGUGCUUUAUUUGCAAUGCCUGAGCACACUCAGAGCUAAACAAAUUCUGUAACUCUCAUGGGGUGGUGAAGCAGUCCAUGUUUCCACAAUUUCUGAAAAUGUGCUGUUGAAACAAGAUUGCCUCUUUCAUACCUUGAGGAUUUGAGGCCUCCUGGCGUAAUGCUACAAACAACCAAAGGCUAAGCACUAGAGGUCAGAUUUCCAGCCUAGAAACCAUCUCUGGUUCGUGUGGGUCUUGGAGGUCCCACUACCCACAAGGUCCCACUCCCAACUGGGCAUACUGUAGCCUAUAGGAUUAUUGUGCUUGCUUGCAUAUAUAUAUAUAUAUAUAUAAUAUCUUUUCUUAUAAUUUAAGUAUUUGGUUUAUUGUAAUAAGUUUAUAGUAAAGUAAGUUUGGCUGUAAUGCAAGGGACCUACAGGCCAUAUCCUGUAUGUUAAGCUAAGGCAAAGUUAGUAUAUAUCUAUAUCUGGGACCUUUCACCGAGAUAAAAAAGUUGACCUACAUAUUGAGACCUUUCACCUAAAUAGCAAGUCAACAUCCAUGUAUACGUCUAAGACCUUUUACCUAGAUCAGGGGUAGGCAACCUAUGGCACGCGUGCCGAAGGCGGCAUGCAAGCUGAUUUUCAGGGGCACUCACACUGCCCGGAUCCUAGGCCCUGGCCACUGGUCGGGGGGGAGGGGGGCUCUGCAUUUUAAUUUAAUUUUAAAUGAAGCUUCUUAAACAUUUUAAAAACCUUAUUUGUUUUACAUACAACAAUAGUUUAGUUAUAUAUUAUAAACUUAUAGAAAGAGACCUUCCAAAAACGUUAAAAUGUAUUACUGGUGCGCGAAACCUUCAAUUAGAGUGAAUAAAUGAAGACUCGGCACACCGCUUCUGAAAAGUUGCUGACCCCUGACCUAGAUAGAUAGAUAAUGGAAGAAUGGCAUGGUGCGGGGAGUCCAAGCUUGUACCCACAGACUUAACAGGUACAUGAUAAGGAAAGAACUGAAAUGACUAAAGAACAAAAAUAACAUGUAUGGAUGUACAUGUCAUCAAUACGCACAAACAUAUUAUCUAUGGAGUAAGUGUACCUUAACAUUUUUGUGGGUGAGCAAUGAAGUUUUGGCAUAGGAGGAAGGGUUUCUGGCACUUGUGCCCUAUAAAAGAGAUGACCCACCUCUCUAGAGUAUUCUAUUCUAUCUAUGACAACUACUACAUUAGUAGGCUGUACUUGUUUUCUUAACUUUCUAACUUCCAAGGGGACUAGGCUGUUUGGUUUCCCUACUUUUUUUCUUCAUUUCUUUAUUAGGUUUUGAUUUAAGUUUAAGUUAGUUAAGUAAACUCCAAGUUAGCUUUGAUAGCUCUUAGCGUUAGCUUCUUCUAAGCACUGCAUCUCUCACUCAAGAAUUGAGAAACCUGAACUACCAGAGGCGAGGUUGGUCCUGUGCCUUGAUAACCACCAGGUUAUCAAGAAAAGGUGUGAGUAUAUUAACCAAAGCUUUGUAGCAUCUAAUACUGUAUUACCAUAUGUAUCUUUUGAAUAGCAGCAACGCAAUUAUAACUUUGUAACUCUCAUUAUUUUACCAUUUAAUUACUACUUCAUUUAUUUUAAUAAAAAGUCUUUAUGGCUA